GAUGGCGGGUUUUUGACGUUUGAGCUAGUAAACACUAAACAAGAACGGAUGCAAAUUCCAGAAGUUUUGAUUUGGAAGUGAAACAAAAGGCGGAAACAUGUCAUCAGCGGUGGAUAAUGAAAAAAUUCUGCAGUUUUUACCCUUCAGUUCCGUUAUCUCUAGCUCAUUCUGGCACAAGUUGACUCAAAUGAAAAUUGAUGUUUAUGCUUUGAAUGACGAACCUGUUGAGAUCACUGGCUAUUAUACAAAUCAGUCUACAUCGUCAAGGCUUCCCGCCUGUUUAAACGUUGAUUACUCUUCUUUCGAAAAUCAUCAGGUUGCUGAUGCAGUGAGUACCAACGGAAUUCUAUGUCAGGGACUCCUACAGAACACAAACACCCUUGAGGCCUUCAAGGAAAUCAACAAACAAACUGCCAUUAACAAGUGUGGUGAACAAAUCUGGAAUGACAUUUUGAGUGGAGCAGCUCUGUCAAACCCUAGUCUCCUAACCCGUUUUCUCUUGCUCACAUUUGCAGAUUUAAAGAAAUAUCAGUUCUACUAUUGGUUUGCCUUUCCAACACUGGUUUUCCCGUCUAAAAUCCUCUUAAAUGACGAACCUAAAGAAGUGGACAAAGUUUUAACAAAAGAAGAGCUUCUUCAGUUCCAGCAGGCUUACGAUGAAUUCAAGUCCUCAUAUGGUCAGAGUGCUUUUGUGGUUGAGAAGAAUACUGAAUUAGGAUACAAAUGCCAUCCUUUGAAAGAACUGGCCAAUCUCAAAGAUAUUACGUGGAUUGGGUUUUGUGACCCGUCUUCCCUACCUACCAACCCCGGAUGGCCACUGCGAAAUCUUUUAGCUUUAUUAGCUCAUCACCAUAAAGAACGUCUCGUUGGCCUCUCUAUUCUCUGCUGGCGUGAUGGAGUGCGCGACGGACAACGCCGAGUUGGCUCUAGUCUCUUAAUAGAAAUCAAAGAUGUCGUCUAUCCUGGCGAGACCGAUUCCAUACCCAAAUGUCUCGGAUGGGAGAAGAACGAACGGGGCAAACUUGGAGCUCGAACGGUGAAUCUCAGCAAUUCCAUGGAUCCCGAACGCUUGGCCGAAUCAGCCGUCGAUCUCAAUUUGAAGUUGAUGAAAUGGCGUUUAUUACCGGAGCUCAACCUGGAUCUCAUCCAAAAUACCAAAUGCCUACUCCUCGGAGCUGGAACUCUUGGUUGUUAUGUCGCCAGAACGUUGAUGGCAUGGGGAGUCCGUCACAUUACAUUUAUCGAUAACGGACGAGUCUCAUAUUCCAAUCCGGUACGCCAAUCGCUUUUCAGUUUCGACAAUUGCCUCAACGGAGGUCAACCCAAAGCUGAAAGUGCUGCAAAUACUCUACGUAAAAUCUUCCCUGGAAUGAUCAGUCGAGGGAUCGAUUUGCGCAUUCCGAUGCCUGGCCAUUACGUCACAGAUGCCGAAGAAGUUGAGAAGGACGUCCAGAUGUUGGCGGACGCAAUCGAUGAGCACGACGUCGUCUUCCUGUUGACUGACACGCGAGAAAGUCGUUGGCUGCCUUCCAUGUUGUCUGCUUAUCGCGGAAAGCUGGCCAUCAAUGCCGCCUUGGGCUUUGACACGUAUUUGGUUAUGCGUCACGGACAAAGAGAGCCGUGGAAUCCCGGUCAAGUUCAAUCUGAAAAAUCGAAAGGCGUCAUGCGGGGAGCUCUGGCUGGUCGCCAGCUGGGCUGUUAUUUCUGCAAUGACGUUGUCGCUCCUGGCAAUUCGACCAAAGAUCGGACCCUUGAUCAACAAUGUACCGUCACGCGACCCGGCAUUUCUCUGAUCGCCUCCGGAUUGGCUGUCGAAUUGAUGGUCUCUGUUCUCCAACAUCCUCAAGGGGGAAACGCGUCGGCUGAGAUUUCCACCGAUGCCAUGACAACCGUCCAGCAACACCAGCAACAAGAGUUGGAAAAGAAGGAAGCGAUUAAUAGCAGCCCGCUCGGUGUCGUACCUCACUCGAUUCGAGGUUUUCUCCACCGACACCAGCAAGUGCUUCCGGCGACGGAAGCAUUUUUCAAUUGCACGGCUUGUUCACCGCUCGUCAUCCAGCGCUACGCCGAAAAAGGCUACGCCUUUUUAGCCGAGGUUUUCAAUGAUUCCGAUAUCCUGGAACAGGUGUCCGGAUUAGCCGAUCUUCACAAGGACAUUGCUACCAUCGAGGAUUGGGAUUAUCCGGAAGAGUCUGAAGGAUCAACAGAUUAGAUUAGCAAAUAUGAAAUUUAUUCACACAUUGUAUUCCUCGCUAGAACUGAAUGUCAUCACAAUGUCGUAACGAGAUGUCAAGGAAAAUGUCUCUCUAUCGAAAUUAAAUCGAAAAAUACAAAGCAAAAAAGAAAUAUUAUAAUUGAUAGGAAUUCCAACAGAAGAGA